AUGGCCAAGCUUCCCUACGACCUCGUGCUCUUCGGCUGCACGGGCGACGCCGGGCGCGCCGUCGCGGCCUUCUUCGGCAAGCACGCGGGCGGGACGACCUGGGCGCUCGCGGGGCGGAACGUGAAGAAGCUCGAGGCGCUGCGGGCCUCGGACGCGGCCCUCGCGCGCGUGCCGCUCGUCGUCGCGGACGUCGGCGACGCGGCGUCCAUGGACGCGAUGGCGAAGAGCUGCGACCUCGUCGUGUCCGCCGCGGGCCCGUACGCGCUCCUCGGCGAGGCCGUGGUGCGAGCGUGCGUCGACCACGGGACGCACUACCUGGACGUCACGGGCGAGGUCCACUGGGUCGCGGAGAUGGCGACGAAGUUCGCCGGCGCGGCGACGGCGUCCUGCCUCGCGUCGUUCGGCGGCUACGACUGCGUCCCCGACGAGGCGACGGUCUUCGCGGUCUCGCGCGCCAUCGGCGAGCCCCUCGCGGCGGCGGAGUCCGUCGUCGACUACGGCCUCGAGGCCGGCGGGCCCCGGGGCACGAUUUUGACGGUUUUGGGAUUGCUCGGCGACCCGCUCCGCGCCGCGCGCGGCUGGCACGCGUACAUGGGCCUGGGCGAGGGCUGCCGCGCCGCGGCGCUCCGCGAUCUGGUCUACUGGGGCCUGCCGUCGUUUUCCUCGACGCUCGACUGCUUCACGGUGCCCAACUUCAUGGGCGCGAUCCAGAUCCCCGUCGUGCACCGCUCGGGCCACGACAACGGCUACGUGCUGGACGCGUUCCGCUUCAAGGACCGCAUGGUCCUCCCCGGCGCGCGGUCGCUCCUCACGGGCAAGGGCGCGCUGUUGUAUUACGCCUUCGUCGCGUUUUUGUUCGUCGCCACGCCCGCGUUCCUCGUGCUGGCGGUCCUCGUGCGGGCGCCGCCGGUGGAGCGCGCCGCGCGGCGGCUCCUCGAGGCCCGGUCCUACGGCGGGUCGCGCGCGCCGACGGUCGUCGUCGCGACGACGGGCCACGGCGCCGCGGGCGCGUCGGCGACGGCGACGCUGCGCGUGCGGGGCGACGCGGGCAUCGUCGCGACGGCCGCGCUCUGCGGCGAGGUCGCGCUGGCCACGGUCGAGGCCGCGGCGGCGGGCGGCCUCAAGGCGGGCUUCACGACGCCCGUCGGCGCGCUCGGCGACGCGCUCCUCGCGCGCCUCGAGCAGUCCGAGACCAUGAGCCUCGUGGUGGCGAAGGAGGCUUAA